AUGACAGCGAUAAUCGUGGUCGUGACAGUUGUAACUAUCUUACUCUCUGACUCUGGGAUUGUAGUAAUGAAACUUCGAAAUGGAGAGGGAAGGGGGAGGGGGAGGGGGGAGGGGGGGGGGGGGGUAGGAGGGGGGGGGGGAGGGGGGGGGGGGGGGAGGGGGGUAGGAGGGGGGGGGGGGGGAGGGGGGGGAAGGGAAGGGGGGGGAGGGGGAGGGAGGGAGGGGGGGGGGGGGGGGGGGGAAAAGGGGGGGGGGGGGGGGGGGAGGGGAGGGGGGGGGAGGGGAAGGGGGGGGGGGAAAAAAAAAAGGGGGGGGGGGGGAAAAAAAAGGGGGGGGGGCGGGGGGGGGGGGGGGGGGGGGGGAAAAAAUUUUUGGGGGGGGGGGGGGGGGGGGGGGGGGGGGGGGGGAAAAAGGGCGAGGCACCCGACGAGCCAAGAAAGUGGUAACAUUGGUCAAAGAAAGGUCAAGAACACAGGUGGCUCUGCCCUGAGGCGGGAACAGGGCCAGAACAAGCGCUGA